AUGAAGAAGAAGAGCGUUAAAGUUAAGAAACAGUCACAACUACCGCAGAACGAUCGAUUUAUUCGAUGGUUGUCGGAAUUGGAUUACCAUCCUUUACAAACGAAAGAUAGUGAUACCAAAAAUAAUAGGAACUCCAAGACAGAUGUUGAGAUAGAACAAUUGAUGAACAUGCUUAGAAUUCCGAUACAGAUUGAGAAAUUCAUGAGUUUUACACUGUUAGCAUCAUUAGAUUGUUUCCUAUAUUAUUUUACUGUGUUACCUAUCAAGAUAGGCGUAAGACUAUAUAGUGGCAACCCUACCACUUCGAGAUUGGCGAGGACAUACAAGGAACGGGUAUCUUUAUUUUUAAUAUUAAGUGUUACAAUUAUAAUAAGUCAUUUGGAUACUUCGAAAGUAUAUCAUAAGAUCAAAAGACAAAGUGCGAUGAAACUGUACAUGUUGUUUAAUGUCCUAGAGAUUGCUGAUAAGAUGUUAGCCACAAUAGGUCAAAGUUUGUUGAGUGUGUUAUUGACAAAGGCUAGUUACAGGAAUAUGAGAGCCAAACAAUUAUCGUUAAUACUCCUCAGUUUAACAUACCUUGUAUGCCAUACGUCUGUGUUAAUCUAUCAAACAAUUUCUUUAAAUGUAGCGGUAAAUUCAUAUUCCAAUUCGUUAUUGACAUUACUCUUAUCUUUACAAUUCGCAGAGAUCAAGAGUUCUGUGUUUAAGAAAUUUGAUAAAGAAAGUUUGUUUCAAAUAACAAUGGCAGAUUCUAUGGAACGGUUCAAACUGUUAGUGUUGGUGACAAUUAUUAUGUUACGAAACCUUGGAACCUCUGCUCCCAUCCAAUGGGAUAUAACUGCAAUAUUCGACAAGAAACUAUUGAUAACAAUGGUAUCAUUACCAAUAUUCAAUAUUUUCAUGUCCGAGAUACUAGUUGAUUGGAUCAAACAUGCUUAUAUUACGAAAUUUAAUAGAAUACGACCACAGAUCUAUGAUAAAUAUUUUUACAUCAUGUAUCGAGAUCACGCUACAAACCAACAGGAUUACCAAGAACGUUUGGGACUCCCAAUGUUAGCCUACGUUACUCUUAGUAUUGUUAUGCUACGGUCAUCGUUAUUUUACUUGUUUGAGUCCACUCAGUGGUCCAAAUUAACAAUCUCUGUGGUGUUAUCACUAGUUUGGUUCGUCACAUUACUCUCAUUAAGACAAGUAACCCACCGGACCUUGCUAAAAUGGGGGGUUCAUAUCCAGUCUGAGUGGGACCUACACAGAUAUUCAACAGUGGUCACCGCUGUGGACUAUGUCCCAGGUCCAGUAGUGGAUGGGAUAGGUAAGAUGGACCACCCUGCCAGAAAAAUCAUCCACGAUCCGGAGACUACUAUCCCCCCAGACAACACAGAGAAACGGAACGACCGUGACCUCCACAAACCUGACUCACUCUCCAGCAUCACCAGAUACACGAUGGUCUCAAAAGCCAUUUGGUAA